AUGGCGGAAGACGCAUCUAGUUUGGUCGGGAUCCUCGAGACAACUGUGGACCUACAAUCUUCCUCGGAGAAGUUCCAUGACCUGCUUGUCGGGAGACCACACCAUGUCACCAGUGCAUCUCCUUCCAACAUUCAAGGAGUUGAGCUACACGAAGAUGGGGAGGCAAAGGUGGUGAAAGAGAGGAUUGAGUCGAUAGAUCCAGAGAACAAUCGGGCAACGUACAGGGUGUUAGAGGGUGAUCUAAUGAACGAGUACAAGAGUUUCGUCAUCACUUUCCAGGUGACACCUAAAGAGGGAGACACUGGAAGUGUUGCACAUUGGCACUUUGAGUAUGAGAAAAUUAACGAGGAGGUGGCUCACCCUGAGACUCUCCUACAGUUCGCUGUGGAAGUCUCCAAAGAGAUUGAUGCACAUCUCUUGUCUGAGGAAUAG